AUGGCAACCCCAAAUCGUAUAAGUAAACACGAGCGAGGAAUCAUGGCGAGCAGCAAUCCGACCAAAGUUUUACUUCUCGGUCCAGCAAAGCGGAAAUUGAAAUUGUUUGACUUUUGCUGGGCAUAUACUAUUUUCCCGCCCGAUAUGACGCAGAGUGGAAAAACCACGCUGGCCAACUUCUUGUCGGAUGCCAAAGACGCCAUUGGCCAGUACCGUCCGACUGUCGGCUGUCGAAUUUUGGAAUUCCAAAUCGAAUCGUCCCAGCUGGCCCAUCACAGUUCGUCGAGAACAAACAACAAUAACACAAACAAUAGUGAAAUCCAGUUGUGGGAUUGCAGUGCGGAUAGAAACGUCAGCAACUGUUUGCCAGCUAUUGCAAAUGAUGCUGCUGGCGUCUUGUUGGUUUACGACAUCACAGCUGACGACCACACAACUGAACUGGAAGAACUCUACAACGUGUGGAACAACUACCUCGAAUUAAGUCCGUCCCGCUACUUGAUUGUGGCUCGCAAAUGGGGUGACGGUCAACCUAACCGAAAACGUACCAUCAAGAUGGGUACUCUGGCCCGGCUGUCUAGAGUCGAAUGGGACAUUGACUCGGACGGACAUCGAGUUCAAAAUGAAUUCAGGUCUUUCAUGUCCUCAGUUCUGCUCGACAUUCGCCGUAAACGCGAAGAGGAAGAAAUAACGAUCCUUAAACAGUAA